AUGUCCAUCAACAGAGGCAACAUCGGCCUCGUGGUCGGAAUGCUGAUCGCAGGAACAGCCAACACCGUCAUCUCAAAGUACCAGGACAUGGCCUGUGUCAAGAACUGUGACAACCCCGACCCCAAGACUCAUGAGCACUUUGAACAGCCCAUCUGGCAGACACUCAACAUGUUCAUGGGCGAGACCCUCUGUCUGGUCGCUGCCUCUAUCUUUGCUUUCUUGGCCGAAAAGUAUGGCCGUGCCAAGUGGGCUGACUUGAUUCUGGACGACGAGGAGGAUGAUAUCCUCGCGGUGGUCGAGUCGGACGGCCUUCUUUCUUCUCCACACGAACAUGGACACGGACACGGAAACGGACAUGCUGCUCCCUUGAAGAAGAGAAAGCUCGAGGGCCCCUUGGUUCUCUUGCUUUGGUUGCCCACCCUCUGUGACAUGACCGCCAGCACAUUGAUGAAUGUCGGUUUGAUUUAUUGCGCUGCCUCGGUCUACCAGAUGCUGCGCGGUGCAUUGGUCAUCUUCACUGGUCUUCUCUCAAUCAUGUUCUUGGGCAGAAAGCUCCUUGCCUAUGAAUGGUUCGCUCUCUUCACUAUCGUCGCCGGUAUCGCCACCGUUGGACUCGCUUCUGUCAUCACCCCCGCCACCAAGGACCUCGUCGGUAACGCCGAACCAGACUCGGAUGAGGCCAUCCAGGCUGCCAAGGCCAUUCUCGGAAUCUUCCUCGUUCUCAUUGCCCAGAUCUUCACCGCUACUCAGUUUGUGGUCGAGGAAAAGUUCUUGUCAGGAUACCAGAUUGCUCCCCUGCGCGCUGUUGGUUUCGAGGGUCUUUUUGGAACAAUCACCGUUUUGGUUGCUAUGCCCAUCCUUCACUUCACUAUUGGCGCAUCGCACCCUGGUUCGUACUUUGACCUCCACGCUGGCUGGGAGCAGAUCACGACUUACCCUCAGAUCUGGAUCCCCUCGAUUGUGAUGCUCUUCAGUAUCUCGUCGUUCAACUUCUUCGGUAUCUCGGUCACAAAGACCAUCUGCGCCACCUCGCGUUCGACUAUCGAUUCGUGCCGUACUCUCUUCAUCUGGGCCAUCUCUCUCUACCUCGGUUGGGAGAAGUUUAUCCCCCUCCAGGUUCUUGGCUUUGCCUUGCUUGUGUACGGAACCUUUGUUUUCAACGGUGUGAUCGAGCCCCAUGUUUGCGCUCCUCCCAAGGCCGUCCACCCCGACGAGAACCGCCCUUUGUUGAACCCCAACGCAUAA